GUGGCGGCUAGUCUUGAGCGCUCUUUCCCGUCCGGGACCCCCUCAGCUCAGAGCACAGCUGAGCCGACCAAGUGGAGGAGGAAGUCGACGAAGGAACACUUCCAUCACCCAAGGAAACAGAGAAACCAUGACAGAGUAUAAAAUCGACGAUGAUGGAAAGAAGUUUGAGACCAGAAAAGCCUUCAAAGCCAUUGCCAGGAGAAAGGAUUUAAACGCCCAAGACCAAGAUGAAGACCCCAUGAACGAGCUGAAAGGACAGAAGAUUGUGUUAUGUCGUAUCUGCAAAGGCGACCAUUGGACUACGUGCUGUCCUUACAAGGACACGCUGGGCCCCAUGCAGAAGGAGCUUGCCGAGCAGCUUGGCCUCUCCACCGGCGACAAAGAGAAACCGGCUGGCGCUGCUGGACGAGAACCUGUGCAGCCUGCGCAAAGCAAGACUGGCAAGUACGUGCGCCCCAGUCUGAGGGAUGGAGGCACGCGGAGAGGAGAGUCCAUGCAGCCCAACCGGAGAGCGGACGACAACGCCACCAUUCAUGUGACCAACCUGUCGUACAACACCCCCGAGACGGAGCUGCAGUUGUUCUUCAGAAGAUUCGGCCCCAUCUCCAGAAUCUACCAGCCCAAAGACAAGAACACGGGACAGUCCAAGCGCUUUGCAUUCAUCAGCUUCCACCGUCGCCAGGAUGCAGCCAGAGCCAUUCUUGCCCUGUCAGGGGUUGGAUACAAUCAUGUCUCUGUCAAUGUUGAAUGGGCCAAGUAAGUCCUCACUGCUCAUGUAAAAUGGGAUUAAAAACAUCAACCAGAA